AAUUUGCUUAUAGAAAAAUAACUGGAAAUAUAUUUAAAGGUCUUCGCUAUGAGAUGGUCGAAAUGUCGGAUGGCCCAUAUUGGCAACCAAUCUAUCUGUAUGCAGUAUAUUUUGGACUUUGCCAAACAGCUUGAUGUUGACCCCCGUACCUGUGUCAAAUACUUCUUAAAGCGCAUUCAAGUAGCAGAACUCGACUACAAGAAGCAGUUCCGAUGGGCGAUCAAGGCAUUCCAGGAAGGGAUCGCGAAGCAAGCUCGGAUAAAGAAGCAAUAAGCUACCGAGGAGCAGAAAAAGGAAGAACGGGAAGCUCGUUUUUGCCCGGGAGGUUUUAAGCCAAUAAAGGUGUCUUCAAAUCCCUCCCCGAAGUGUUGAAAACGUGUUUCGAGAUGCCCGACAUUGAAAUGCUGCUGG